AUGCCUAAAGCACAAUCGGACACGCUACCGAAAGGCUCAGCAUGCCUCGCUUGCCGUAGGAAGAAGAUGCGCUGCGAUGCCGUCAAACCAAUCUGCUCGAAUUGCGUCAGGAGCGGUGGAUUAGAAUGCAUUUACGAUAAUGAAUCGCGGCAGUCAGCUAGGAGGGCGACUAAGCUGCGGGCUUACGAAGACAGAAUCAGAGAACUGGAGGAUAAGCUGGAGAGAGUGAAAAUAGAUAGCAGCAACAGCAAUAGUAAUAGCAGUAGCAUGCCAUCUACCUCCGCUGAACCGCUCAAAAUUACAACGUCAAAUUGGCCAAAAGAUUUCCCACCUAAAGAUAUGGUUAGCUACCUGAUAUCUACAUUUUACGCGUGUUCGCCUUUCGCUGCAAGUGAUCUUCCCAGACAGUCAUUCGAAACUAGACUGAUGCAUCUACCCCCAACCUCACCGAAAUUCCCCUGCAAAGCACUCUGUCACGCCGUAUUCGCUAUCGCAUUCCAACAUCUUCCUAACAAAGAUCCUUCCGAAAAACACACCGCGCUAGCCCUAGAGAAGCUGAACGAAGAUGGCCAAUCGCCUGGGCUGAUGCAGAGCUUUCCUUCGAAAUACUCUGAUCCAGUUCGCGUGGAUGAGGAUGGUCUUGAUAUUGACAAUUUGAUGGCGCAUAUGAUCGCUGCUAAGUGCAUGCUUAGCCUACAUUCGCAAUUCAAUAGCGAGAAGCUUUCGCAAUCUAGACUACUCUUUUACUCGCGCGUGGCAAUCAACUCUCUUCACAAGUUAAUGGCUACCACCUACGAUUUGACGCGGCUGCCUAGCAUGAUUUUCACAACAUACAGCAGCUCGGCGUCCAUUCUUGUCGGUGCUUACAUUGAAGCUGCUAAGAAUUUAGACAUUCAGGCUGUUAGUACUAUAGAGAAUGAGCUCUUGACCAUACUCAAAAAAUUAGAAGACGAAGCUAGGAAGAUUGGUUUGGAUUUGAGUGAAACAGAGAAGCAAACACAAACUCCAAAACAAGCGCCCCCAUUGAACUGGAUAUUGCCAGAGCCUGUAUCUGCUCUGGACAUGUCCGAAUUUGAUGAGUAUACUCUCCUAUCAGGAAGUUCGUUCACGGCGACUGAUGAAACGUGCUGGAUGAACCUCAGCACUUUCAAUGAAAUGUAA